AUGGCUACAAGAUUAAUAAAAUAUUUAAGCCGAAUUUUGAAUUUUAACAAUACGUUGAAAAUAAUGAAUGAAAAUACAAAGAUGGAUAAUUUACUGGCUCCACCAGAUUCUGUACUUGGCAUGAAAAAUUUAAAUCGAGAAUUAUUUAAUAAAACUAUUGAAAUACCAUGUUUAAUAUUGGAUGUAUCAACGAAUUAUUACAAUACUGUGAUGGGUGUAGUUAAAAAGUAUUUUUUAAAAUUAAAAAAAUUCAAAUCAUUCACUCAAGACAAUGAAAAUUUAACAAUAUAUUUAGAUCCACGGAAAGUAAAAAAAUUGGAUGACAUCGAAGAGUCAGAUCGUAAUAAAUUAAAUACAAUUAGUAAAUUAAAAUUUGAUAAAACACAAAUAAAAUUAAAUUAUCACAAUUGGCACGCCGAUCAAUUAUUCCGUGUUAUAUUACCAAAUGAUAUUGAAAUACCUACAUCGUAUACGAAAGUUGGUCAUAUACUUCAUUUAAAUUUACGUGAUAAUCAGUUACCGUAUAAACAAAUAAUUGGAGAAAUUUAUUUAGAUACAAUUCCACAAACUAAAACAGUAGUCAAUAAAAUAAGUAAUAUUGAAACAGAGUUUCGUAAUUUUAACAUGGAAAUACUUGCUGGUGAUAAAAACACAGAGACAACUGUUAAAGAAAAUAAUUGUCAAUUUACAUUUGAUUUUGCAAAAGUUUAUUGGAAUUCAAGAUUAUCUACAGAGCAUACUAAUUUGUUGAAAUUUAUGAAUAAAAAUGACGUUCUUUAUGAUGUAUUUGCUGGAGUUGGUCCAUUUUCGAUACCCGCUGCGCGUAAAGGUGUUCAAGUAUUGGCGAAUGAUUUAAAUCCAGAGUCUUUUAGGUGGUUACAGUACAAUGCAACUGCUAAUAAGGCUAAAAAAAUAAUUUCAUUCAAUAGAGAUGGUCGUGAUUUUUUGCGUAAUGAAGUUAAAAAACAUUUACUUGAAAGACGUUCCCGCAAUCAAGAUGGUAGUGAACAUAUUGCUAUGAAUUUACCAGCAAUAGCUAUUGAAUUUUGUGACGUCUUUCGCGAUUGGAUGGACGAUAAUGAAAUCAAGUUAAUGUCUAAUAAAUAUCCUCUUAUUCAUUUGUAUUGUUUUGUUAGAGUCAGUAAAAUUGAUGAUCCAAAACCUGUGGCACAGGCGUUAGUUGAAGAAACAUUGGGAACCAAACUUACGCCUGAGUCAUUGAAAAUCAUUCACCAUGUGAGAAAUGUUGCGCCUAAUAAAGAAAUGAUGAGAGUAUCAUUCUAUUUGACUAAAGAAAUGAUAAAAUCUGAGGAGCCAAUAGUGAUGGGGAAAAACAAAAAAAUAUCGAAAACAAAAAAUGUCUUCAAGGUUAACACUAAACGGACUUCGAAAGCAAAAAAUCAAUUAAAUAAAAAUAUUGGAAAUAAAAAUCAACGAAAAACGCUGAAGAAAAAUAUUGAUAAAAUUCAGGAAAUUGAUAAGCAAUUGAUAGAUGUACGUACUCGUAUCAAUUCUCAAUCCAAACCAAAAGAAAAAACUUUGGCAGCUCCAAAAAAAUCAGUGUCAAAACCUCAAGUCCAAACAUCUUCAGCUAUUGAUACAUUAGAACAGUUGAACCGGUGCAUUUACGGCCUCUGUGUUGGUGCUAGUUGUAUCUGGUGUUGAUUCUCUUAUUUCCAGCCACGGUAAGCGUUUUUGCAGUUCCAUUCUGUAUCUUGGAUGACUUAUUGCGUAUACAUAAGGAUCUAAACAGGCGACAAACUUGCAUGCACAUGCUGGAAUCAUCGUUACACCUGGUGUCAGUAGCGAUUUAUUUCCAAACGCUCCAAUUAAUGACAUUACUCCAUAAGGUGUCCAUGACGCAACGAACAGGAAGCAAAUGGUUAUCGCAGCCUGAAAAUGCAGAUUCAGCAUUUGCAUUAGCAUUGCUACGAAGACUUUCUACAUUCAUCUUUUUGGCUUGCUCACGCAAUGUCUUUUCGUGGUUCACCACAUGGCUCACUAUUUGACAGUAGUGAUAAAUUAUCAAAGACAUUGGUAUCGCAUAAGAAAAUGUAAAUAUAGUUGCAACAAAGUAACGAGUUUCACUGGUGUCUGUUAAGUAGUCAAAUGUACAACUGGUUAAGAAACCUUCCGGCACAAAUCUUCCCCACACUCCCAUCAGCGGCAUCAAACCCCAAGGUAUUACAUACAUCCAAAUCAGUACGAUAAAUAGCAUCGCUUGGCCUCUCGAUAAUUUUCCAUCCAAUGGUCUUGCAAUGGUUCUA